CGACAAACCCAGCCUUACCACACCACCGCCUACCAUGGCUCCCAUGCGGCCUUCCAAGCGCCCACGGUCGCGUACUGAGAAUGGAGAAGCCUCUGGAACUAAUGCCGCGGGUUUGCGAAGGGGCUCGGGCAAGCGACCGCGUUUAUCACCAGCUAGCGAAGAUGAAGAAUCUGACGCAGCAAUGUCCUACGUUUCAGAAGAGGUUCAUCUUACCAAAGAAAGUCCACAAGGCCCUGUGGAGGAUUGGGAGACCGCUCGCGAUGGCGGUUUCGAGGACUUGCAAUACCAGGAAAUCGACGACCAGCACUCCACCCAGAUCAUACAACAGCGAUUUGAAAAACACAGAGAACGACUGCAGGACGGCAAGGUGAACGACCCGGCCGACAACGGCGUGAUUGAAGAAGUGAAGUGCACAAACUUCAUGUGUCAUGAUCGACUUACGGUCAAACUCGGUCCCCUCAUCAAUUUUAUUAUCGGGCACAAUGGCAGCGGCAAGAGCGCUGUCCUCACUGCCAUCACUCUGUGUCUCGGAGGAAAGGCUACCGCGACCAAUCGGGGUCAAAGUUUGAAGAGUUUCAUCAAAGAAGGCCGAGAUGCUGCUCUUCUCAGUGUACGUAUCAAGAAUCAAGGCUCCGCUGCCUACAAGCCCGAGAUCUACGGAAAAUCGAUUAUCGUCGAACGACAAUUCUCAAAGACAGGGUCCAACAGCUAUAAAAUCAAGAACACCAAUGACAAGACUGUCUCGACGAAGAAAGCCGACUUGGAUGAUAUCCUUGAUGCAUUCUGUCUCCAAUUGGAUAAUCCGAUGAACGUACUCACACAAGACAUGGCUCGACAGUUCUUGAACCAUUCCAACGCAAAAGACAAGUACAAGUUCUUUCUCAAGGGGACUCAGUUGGAGGCUUUGGAUAACGAUUACAAAUUGCUAUCAGACACCAUCAAUGCCGUGGAGAGCAAACAUGAUCUUUUAGAGGAGACUGUCCAGAUCCGCAAGAAGGCAUUCGAUGAAGCUGCAGCCAAAAAAAGGCAAGCGCAGCAACUGGAUGGUCUCCAUGAGAAGAUACAUAAUUUGGUCAUGCAGAUGGCAUGGGCCCAAGUGAUCGAUCAAGAAGAUCGCCUUGCCGAACUGGACAAGUUAAUUCAAGACAAGGACGAAAUGAUCAAUGACAGGAGAACACAGUCUGAGGAGGCCUCGGGAAGGUACGAUACCGCCAACGAAGCACGCGAAACUGCCAGGGAAUCUUUGAAGGCACUUCAAGACAGCAUAGCUCCUGUUCAGGCUCGACGUACCGCCGCCAAGGAGACGCUUGAUGCGAAGAAAGAGAAACUUGCGGACACCAUAAACGCAAUAUCUAUAGCGAGAUAAAGGCUUCAGAAGCAGCAAUAAGGAAAUACACUACGCUGAUUCGAGAGGAGCGUCAUCGACAGGAACAAGCAGACGGUGGUCAACACGCCCAGAAGCUCGCCGAUA